AGAAUCCAUUCCCACACUUUCGUUAGUUUAUGAAGGACCAAAAGAGGAUUCAUGAGGAACUAUCCUUGAGCAUAAGCACUUUGGUUCAAAGUCAAAUAAGGAUAGAAGACAUGAUCACAACAGGAACCUUGCGUUGUAAGUUUCUCUGUCUAUCCUUACAGCAUAUGCAGAUUCCAGUCCAGUUAAAAAGAUGUUGCAUGCUCCCACUAUGAAGCUCUAUGUCGUCAAAGAAGUACUUAUUCCAUUUAACUAUAAGGAACCCUUGCAUAAUAAGGAAAUUCGUAAAAACCUAAAAGAUUGGAUCUCAUUUUGGUAGAGUAAAUGCUCCAAUUCAAUCUAGCAUGUUUAAAUCUACUCUACCUUUUGGAGUACUCCUGAAGGUUACGUCUCAAUUGUGAUGGAGUAUAUGAAUGGUGGAUCCUUACAGGUCAGCAUUAUGCUCAUUAUUAGAACUUAUUAGAGAGCAUGGGUGUCUUACCAGAAAGAAGUAUCAAACAAUUAGUCUAACCGAUUUUGUAUGGAUUGCAAAAAAUCCAUUAAUCAGGUGCUUAAUGUCAUGGAGCACUUGGACCUUCGCAAAUCUUAUUUCUAAGAGAUGGCACAGUCAAACUCAGUUAAGGAUUGCAAUACAGAGCCUAAAUUCAAGGAAAUUAAGUUUUCAAUCAAUACAUCCUCGGAAGAGCUAAGGAGGCCUAAAGGUAUCCAGUAUUUAAAUCCUAGUUUAUAUGAUCCAUCCAUACUAGAGACACCUUCCUUGUGGAGCAAAGCACCUAGUGAGAAAUAUCACUUUCCUACCUAAGAUGACUUCAUUUUGGAACGUGCAAAUGACAUUUGGAAACUGGGAUGGCUAAUAUUGAAUUGUGCUAUUGGCACCAUGGAAUUCCAUCCAAAAGCCUAGCAAAUAUAUGAAGGUUCACGCAUCAUACUAGAAGAAAUUACCAAAUAUAUUGAUCAACUAAAAGACACUUGUUGUUUAUUACAUAGUGAAAUUAAGGUUAUCCAAUUUGUUGAGUAGAAUUCUAAAAUUGUCAAUGAACCUACCAAAAUAACCAUAUUAGAUUUGUUGCCACCUGAUAAAUUUAGUGUUGAAUUCAUUCAAUUUUUGUGCUCUACACUUAAAAUCGAUCCUAGGCAAAGACACUUUACUGAGUAAUUAUUAUUGCAUUCAUGGCUAACAGGAUAUAAAGAAUGCAAAGGUAACUCUUUAAUACUAAACUAAAAUAGGUCCAAAUGUGCAAUUAAAAGAACUUCUUUCUAUCUCCAAUGCUUGGAAUACCUUCUUGCCAGAAGAAUUUCAAGGACAAGGAGCUUAGAAAUUAGAAAGACUCUGUGAUGCAUUGUGUUUGGUGCUAUAAAAUUCGGAAAAACCUACCAUCAAUAAGUAACUAAUCUCUAUUUAUUCACUAAGAUAGCAUCUCUAGGAAAAUAGUCCAAUUAUCAAAGAACUCUCCCAUGAUAUGGGUAUCAAUGCCAAAGUAAUAAGUGAAAGACUAAUUUCAAUUUUCCAAUCGUUAAUUUGA